AUGAUCAUUCUUGAAGUGGAAAACAGUGAUUGUGUUGAAGAGAGUGUAGGCGUCGGUCAGGAAGAUAAGGAUUCACUGGAAGAAAUCAAUAGCAUAUCAUUGACUGCAAAUUCUUCCUCCCUAUCGGUUGGACUCAACCAUUCGAGCGGUUCAUCCGUUUCUGAUUGCGAUAAGAGAUUGUCGAUAAAAAGCCUGAGCUCUACAUCUAAUGACAGUUCUCUUUCUUCGUCGUCCACCUCUUCAGCGACUCUGCCUUUAAAUAGUUCUGACGUCGAAAGUGGUGAACAACAGAGUGAUAGCCAUAAUAUAAUUAGUGUUGACGUGAAAGUUGACAGUCUGUCCGAUGGGCCGACCACUUGUUCUUCAUCCAAAUCGCCUGCACUCGCACUCAUUCCUCCCAAACCUAAUCACGAAUUAACACAAACAUCGCCUUCACUCCCAUCUGAUUCGGUGACAAAAAUCAACUCAAUUGCACCCGAAGUGUGCGUCCAAACCCAGUCCACACCCAAACCUAUCUGCAGUCCUGAUGUGAAGCUCCCAUUAGUUGUAGAUCUCGAGUCGGGUUCUCAACAGCCUUUGGACUCAUUAGUAUCCGAACCGAAAGACAAGACACUCAACGGAUACGAACGGACAUAUUCUUCACAUUUCAUUGAAUCGGUUCUUCGCAAUACCAGCCCUUCAGAGCAAUGCAAUGCCCGCACCGGUGAGUCGGAAAGGACUCCAUCGGUGGUGAAUCACACGCUCGCGACGUCUCCAUUGAAUAAUAAACUUGAAAACAGUAAUAAAGAGAACAAUUCUUACGAUUUGGACAGAAUCUGUCCGAAAGCACCGAAAUCUACCUCUAGUUCUGCUAAUAAUUUUAAAGACACGGUUAGUGUAGGCGUCAAGAGGACAGCCUCACCGCCGCUCUCUAAUCAAAGUACUGCCGCCAAACAGAACCGUCACUCGAGUCCUAACAAUCAAAAUAGUUUCGAUUCUUCACUUAACUCUCCAUUACAUACGAGUGCUUCACAACAACAACACUCCAGUCUUCGGGGCCCUAAUUGCCUCUCAAGUCUUAGUCAUUUGAGUCAAUCAAUUGGUCAGAACUUCAAUACCAGUAAAGAUCGGAAAGAGUCGUCGAGUAUCGGCGCCGUCAGCACUAAAAGCACGAGUUCUCGCACCACACCAUCCGUUACCGUUUCAAACACUUCGUCCGAAAAUACUUAUCCAAACAACUAUUCCACUCCUAAAAGUCAUUUGUGGUCGUCUUCAAGUUCCAGUACUGGUCUGAAUGGUAGUUCUGUGGCCCACUUGUCGCCAUCAAAUCUGACGCCGCGUUCGGCCACUCCUAACAUAGGAAUACCAUCAUCAGUACACAGCAAUCACUUGGGAAUGUUUGCUUCACCCCUCCCUCCCUCACCGCUAUCGUCAGUAGGGGGUGCAGUGGCCCCCUCUGCCACCCCUUCACCUUUUAUUGGAGAUUCACUAUUUUCAGUUCACCAAAACCAAGACUUCUUGAGACGUGAAUUGGACACAAGAUUUUUGGCCUCAUUGGACAGGACUAUAAAUAUUCCUCCACCGCCUUAUAUGAGGAACGAAAUGCAUCAACACAUACCUGUGCCACAGAACCAACCCUUUCCAAUGGCACCAACCAUUACCAACUCUUUAGUGCCGCAAACGAACCCACAUUUAGCGUACCCAAAACUGGAUCAGACAUCGGCUUACUUUAAUCGCAAUCCUAUGGGCCUUCCGGGCUUUCCUAGUCUAUCGCCGCUAUUAACUCCUGGAGGUUCGGCAGUAACUCCACAACCAGGAGCUCUGACGGCCUCAUCCAACACCCCUUUUGGACCGCCCGGCCAUUUGGCGGCCUUUCAGCCCAAGAUGAACUCAUUGUCCACUAAAACGAAACCUUCAGCGAAGUCCGGGCGCUGGUGUGCAAUGCAUGUGCGGAUUGCAUGGGAGAUAUACCAUCACCAACAGAAACAACAACUAGAUUUGCCUCAUAAGAGUGGCAUCCCUUCGACGCCGUCUAAGAGUGGAUCAGAUCUGCUCCGACCCCUUAACCAUAUGUUUUCAUUGGGACCGCGACCUCAAGACCUGCCGCCCUUCUCGUCACCCAUAUUAGGCGCCGCCUCUCGCGCGCCGUUUGACUCUCCACUGCCUUCACAUCACAAUCAAUUUGGAUCAACGCCUCCAUCACCUCAUCUCUCAUCCCGAACAACGAAUUUCAAUCGUUUUCCAUCGUUUGGAAACUUUAAUUCUUUAAGUUUGCCUCAAGUGACGGGCCCUCCGAACCCUUCUGGGACUCUGUUUGGUCCGACACCUAUAUCUGGGGCAAGAGAUCUGCCAAUUCCUGGAUGUCUGCCCGGAUUGAGUGCCUCAGGACCUGAUAUUUGGUCCAGAAGUGCAUCGACUCGUCCGACGUCUGCACUGUUUCCUCCGUUAACGGCGUCUACAUCUUCGAGCACUUCCUCGUCUUCGUGGGGAGGACUGAAAGCAGAGGGCGAACGCAAUCGACUCACUGAUGACUCGUAUCACAAACGCAAACACUCAGAGACUGGCGAUAAAGAGGCCAAACGUUUCGAAAGAGACAAAUCCAGAAGUGAUGACAAAAUCGAAGCCAAACAUAAGGAUCAGUCAAAUAGUCAUAAACACAGUUCCAAUUCAUCGCUAUCUUAUUCAUCGAGAAAUGGAGACAUCUUUGCAGAUAAUAAGAGCAAAGAUUGGGUUAAAAUGAAUUCUAAAAGAGAUUCUUCGAGUUCACCACUUCAUCGAUCACAUCAUUCAUCGCAUAGCCAUUCGUCACAUCAGUCACAUCAUAGCCAUAGUCAUCAUCACAGCCACAGUCAUAUCCAUAACCAAAGCCAUAGCCAUAGCUCGACAAAGAAUUCAAACCCCGAUAUGAGUGCCUUCGAUAACAACAAUAGAUUGAGUUCUGUUGGCGUUAAAGACGAACAAAGAGAUGAAAACGGCUUAAUGUCUGCCAGUGAUAGACAGACCCGGUUUGUGUCCGAUCCAAAUGAUCCUAAGGGUAGGACUAGUUCUGUGCCAACAAUUGCCACAUCGAGUGCAUCCAAUCUUCUCAACUCGUCGUCCACUUUAGCGGCAAUGGGUUUGAAUAAUUCGUUAGAAAAGGCUCGGCUUAUGGGUCUGUUUGGCGGCAUUCACGGCACUCCCCCUCCGGUGACCUCCCAUUUCAAUGCUAACAAUUCGUAUUGGAAUCCAUUGAUGCCUCCCGUUGUCGACCCCUUCAAGAGUUUACACGAAUUACAAGUGAGACCCGAUUUUUUAGACAGAGAAAACAUUUUCCAGAGGUAUAGCCUCUUGAACUCCUCGGGCGGCGGCGCCUCUCUUAUGGAACGGUUAGCCAAAGAGAGCGCCGAAAAGGAAAUGUUAAGCCAUUCGAUAGAGAAACACAACUCAAAACUCAUAGCUUCUCACAUGCGAUCCAAUGACAUGUCUUUCACAUCUGGUCUUCCGGGCGGUCAUAAUCCUCGGACUCCUCUCACAUCACACCCACACAUAGCACCCCCUCCUCAGCCGUCAAUCCCUUCGUGUUCGUCGUCCAACAUAUUUCCCGCAAAUCCCUAUUUAAAUAGUUUGCAUUCAUUGAGUGCGAGCGCCGGCCAAUACAUGAAGGCCAAUAAGACGGCGAUUCCAAUGCAUACGUCCUCCUCGUCCUCGUCAUCAUCCGAGACGUCAUCCCCUUCUUUGGGUUCUUUGGGUCCGACGAAUGGCACAACACUUCCAGCACUUAUACCCCACAUAUUAAACCACUCGACGGCAAACAUAGCGAACUCUAAGUUAUCGAUUGGUUCCCUAAUUGAGAGCCAAUUGGAUGCCAUUAAUUGUAAGGCCAGUGAAUCGAAAGCGCCGACCACUGGACUCGUGGCCAGUAAUGGCAACACAAGUGAUGUCGAGAUAUUAGAAACUAAUUCAAGAUAGCUAUCGAUUAGAUAUGAUCUCAAAGCCUAACAAAUACUUACGAAUUGACAGAAGAGACUAAUUGACUGAUAAUUGGAGGCCUUCUCUACCAUUCAUUGGAAUAGUUAUGCCUUUUAUGACAAUUGAAUCAUAAUUUCUACAAAAAAUAUGACAAUUGAGUGGAUAUUCGUCGCUAAUUAUGUGCUUAAAAAACACAAAAACAAUACUAAAUAUAAAUGGAUAUAAAUAUACAUUAAAAUAGAGUGCAGUUUUGAGUUAAUAAAUUAAUUAUUAUUUAUUAUUAGUUCGUCUCUAAAGACAUGUAAAUACUAAAGCAAUCAUGAAUUCAAGUGUUUGUCAUUUCACUGCACAUCAACUCUCAUCCCUCUCUAUCUCUCUCUUUCUCUUCACGACUAAAUCUGAAACAGAUUUCUGUAAAUAAUUAUAAUAUUUCUGACAAACGAUUGAAAAGAU